ACCCCCACGAGUGAAACCGCCGCGCGCGUGCCAAUCCUCUGCCCCCUUGGCCGUACACGCGAGAGAGGGCCCGCGGAACAGUGCUAUGCUUUUAAGGAUCCCGGCCGAGGCUCUGCGAAGCGAUAUCCCGUUCUCGUGCCAGCCGCUUCGCCGUUCGCCCCGUGUCGUCGUCUCGGCCGCGGGAACUCGACGAUACCGCUCGCGGGACACCUUUCGGACUACGAUGCGACUGUCAACUUGAAUCCAUUCGAGGAAUUUCUAUCUUCUGUGGUCGCUGAAAUAAAUAAUAACGCUAACCGCCUCCAGUUUUGAUGAAACUAUACAGAUCGCCAACUCGUCUCCCGCACUGUCGUCGCAAAAGUGGUUAAUUCUCAUGGCAGCACGGAAACUCGCAGCCCUCCUCACCGUAAUUCUACAGCUUAGUUUAUGUCAAACAACUUCGAAAACACUGCCCGAGUUUUUAGCUCCUUUGGAAAAUCACACAGUGAUCCAGGGUCGCGACGUAUCUUUCACGUGCAUUGUUAAUCAUCUAUUACCAUACAUGGUGGCCUGGAUAAAGUCCGACUCGCGAGCGAUCUUGGCAAUUCACACGCAUCUGGUGACACACAACCCGCGACUCUCAGUCACUCACAACGGACACAACACGUGGAAGUUACACGUGAUGAACGUUCAGAAGAAUGACUCAGGUGUUUAUAUGUGCCAAGUGAACACAGUCCCUAUGCGAAGUCAGACAGGAUACAUGGAUGUGUUGAUACCGCCAGAUAUCAUGGACGACGAGUCAGCUAACAGCAUGAUAACACGCGAGGGUGGUAAUAUAAGAUUAAGAUGCGUCGCUACUGGCUCACCGGAACCAACAGUCUCUUGGAAACGGGAAAGUGGCGCAAACAUCACUCUCAGGGAAGAUGGACAGAAGCAAUCUGUGAGAACUUACCAAGGCGAAGUCCUGGAGCUGAAUGGCGUUCUUAGACAGGACAUGGGCACGUAUCUUUGCAUAGCCAGCAACAAUGUCCCUCCGACGGUCAGCAAACGUUAUUCCGUGGUCGUCCACUUCCGACCAGUCAUAAAAGUGGUGAACGAGUUACUGCUCGCGCCAAUUGCCAGCAAUGUCCUUUUACAAUGUCACGUGGAAGCUUCGCCGCACGCCAUGAAUACUUGGUACAGACGCGCAGACGAAAAGCUGCUGCCCAGUGACAAAUACGUGAUGUCAGACCACGCGCUGAACGAUUACACCCGGCAGAUGAGUCUCACUGUCAAUUCGCUGGAAAAAAAGGACUUGGGAGAGUAUGUUUGCUCGUCAGAGAAUGCUCUCGGGAAGGACCAGUUCGUAAUACGGGUACAAGAACUGAACCUGUCCAAGGAAACGACUCCUAGCACUCUCUCGAGGAACAUCGACCUGAGACCACGAAAGAAGCCAGUACAGAAAGGCAAGAAGAAGAACAGUAACGGCAGGCGAACGCACGGAAACAGAUUCGAUGAUUUCGACGGCGCCGGGAACGACGAGGAUGUCAGUUCCACGCAGAUCAUGGGGGGCAGCACUAUCUACGAGGGCCACAGAACGGAAAGGCCGCUUGUUUCGCCGUCGUCCUCGCCACCGUGGGUCACCAUAAGCGCCGCCGAUCCGAAACAUUGUUCUUCGACAUCCUCACUAGCGAUCCUCUUCUCGUUCCUCUACUCGACGAUGGUUUUCCUUUUGUAAGGAAAUUACAAUUGACGAAAAGGACUGCGACUGGUGAAGAACAAAGAUGGCGGAUACUAAGGGAUGGAAUAAGGGGAUGUUUGUUUAUACGUGUCUGAAGCACGAGAAUGAUUUCGUGUUUGAUAAGGGAUGCUGGUUUCGCAUUUUGUAAUUGGUACGUCAUGGUUGUUAGUUUCGAUUGGAGGAUGCCAUAUUCUUUUGUUGUUGCAAUUUGAAGAAACGAAGAUAUCUAAUGGUUCGUAUGAAGGGAUGAAAUAUAUAGAAAUGUGUAACCUUGAUAUUUAUUGAUGUUUAAUUCUGAUUAUAAUAAUUGCGAUUAGUUCAUUCGUACAUUUAUAUAGUUUUUUAUUGCUUAUUUUAUAUAUUUUAUUAUAAAAGUAUAUGAUAUAUAUUUUUGUUACAUUGCUGUAUUUUAUUUUAUAUAUUAUGAGCACGUUCAAGAAAGUGGAUUACUUUUAUUAUUUCUAUAUUGUAUAAAUUCUAUAGUAAUAUGGAGUUAUAGUAACGAUAUAGUAAAUAUUAAUAUUGAAAUAAAAAGUCGUGCAAUUUUAUUAUACUUUUGCUUUUAUUAUUAAUAUGAAAAGCUUUCAACGAAUAAUUCAGUUGUUUCUAUGUUCGAAAAGAUAUCGAAAGCCAUCAAUCGUUAAAUAGAAAAACAAUUCACAAUUGAAAUGAACUUGAUAAUUUUAACUUCCAGAUGUACUAAUUUUGAAUUAAAAAAAACAAAAGAUUAUUGUAUCUCCCAAUGUAAGAUAAACUAAUUAAGAAGACAAAUUCCACAAUUAUAAAAAUUCGAAUCAAGCACAUUAUAUCAUAUCAAGAUCAUCUACAUUCCUUUUGUCAGAUCACUUUUAUUUUACGAAUAUCUGUUAAGAGUUAACAUUACCGUACCAAUGCGAAUGUGUGAGAAAUCAUCGAAUCAAUGAAAUUCAAACAAUUCUUGUGCGUGUGCUUGACCGAUUAAGGUCAACUAAGACAGGAACUGUUCAGUGGGAGAUGAUAAUCGCUUUAGGGAAGUCGGGUAACGAAGAAAUCAGAUCGGAAGGGCGCAAAGGCAAACGACGAAGAAAAUCUGACGCCGAGAAGAAAUACAGGUCUUCCUUUUAUUCGACUUAACAAGGACGUACUUACUACUUUUAGAUUGAGCGAGGUAUAGUUAGUGUGGUGCGACCAAAUAAGAGAGACUUCCUCCGAUAACAAAAAAAUGUUGUAAAUACGAUACAUACGUACAAUUCAUAAGUACGUGAAGUUAGCGGGCAUCGACUGAUACGCGAGCUGAUCUUUUUAGCGGCCGCGUGGAAAUCAACGAACGAUCGUACGGACUGUGGAUUUAUGAGGUACAUGAAAAAAAAAAGAAUGAAAUGAAAUGGUCUUCAUAUCUAUAAGUCUUCAUAUCGCGACAGUGUUGGAAAGGAUCAGUUUAAUCCGAUCAUCAUGAUUGUUUUCGUCGAUCGCGAAUUGAAUGAACUCUUCUACAUUUUAUUAUUUUACUUUUAAAUUGUAAUUAUUUGAAUAUUAUUAGUGAAUUAUAAUUACUUAAAUAUAGGUUGUAAUUAUUUAUAUAUAAUUGUAUAAUUUACGAUUAAUCAAUUAAUAUGGCGUUACGUUUCUUUAAGGAUUAUUUUAUGCAAUGCAAAUUUGGGUAUUGCAGACAUUAGCGACUGAAUUGAUAGCGAUGGUAAUAAGUAUAAGAGAAAUAUUAUUUUAAUUGUUGUAUUUAUUAUUUAAUAAUUGAUUUAUGUUAUGUCGUGGCCUAGUUUUUGCAUAAUAAACGAAAACAAAGGUAGAAAAUAUAUUGUUCUUCUUCUUCUUAUUAUUAUUAUUAUCAUUAUUUUUAUUUUGUUUAAACAGAAGAAUGAAGCUUUACAGAAAUAUAUUUACCUAUUUCUGAAUGAAAUAAAAUAAAUAAAAGUCAUUUCACAACUUUUCAGUUACUUUGUUAAUAGUAAAAUAAAAAGAGUUUUGUAAAUGUUUGUCGCUAAGAAAGAUACUAAUAAAAGGGCCAAUCACACGAUAAGAGAGCUCAUAUAAAGAUCUUUCUCCAAAUAAUAUGCAAAGUGUAAAGAAACUUUUUUUCCUUUUCGAGAGUUCAUUUGAUGAAAUGAUAUUUCUUCUACAACAGUGCAGCAUAAGCCUAUUAAUUAGGUAGUAAUAUAUAUUUACGUAAAAUUUUGUAUGUGUAACAAGUAAGGGGUUGAUUAUGGAAGACCAAUAAUAAUUUAUUAUCAUUUGCAGGGCUGAUAACUAUCAAUAAGUAUGUAUUUUCUUCACGAAAUAGUUUAAGAAUGUCUCUCUACCACAAGUAAAUAAAACACAUUACCAUAAAGAAGAAGUCUUCCGAGAAUUUAAACUUAUAAAUAAAGUUAUCCACAUUUAUACGAGUAUCAUGAUACGUACAUAUAAUUAAUCGUGUUUUUAUUUUAUAUUUUCUGACACCGUAUACAGAGUUAAAUAAUAAUGGUUAACGCUUAAUUUUCGAAGUUGUAACAAUUUUAGUGGUUUUCUUUUGUAAAUUACUUUUUUUGUAGAUGCUUAGAAAAUUUGAAAAUCUAAUCGACUCCCUCAAUUGUAUAUUUCUAGUUGUAUAUCAUAUGGUGUUUCGUAUAACAAAUUCAAAGGACUAUAAUUUAAGACCGCUAUAAAUUGACCAAAAUCAAAACACAAUACAAUAAGGUGUUACAUUAAAAACACUAAAGCAAUAUGAAGCAACAAAAUGCGUUAUGCAUUUUGAUACAGCGUCGAUAUGUUGUGGGACAAAAUUUUGAACUCGUGGUGUAUUAUAUAAUAAAAUAUAAUAAUUAUAUAAUUAGUAUAUGAUUAAAUUAUUUUUAUAUAAUAAUAAUUAUUAUAUAAUCAAAUAAUUGAAUGGUAUAAUUUAAAAUUUAAUAAUGUUUUUAUACUUGCACCACUGAUUGGAAUAAUUUCUUUUUGACUGUUAUAAUUGUUACACUUAUUGUUAAAAAUAAUUAUUCAGACUUAGUAGUCUGCAAUUAUUAAAUGAUACAAAUUAUGCACAACAUGUCUAACGCUAUAUGUAUAUGAAGACCGAUAAAUAUUGGAGUUGCCGAAGUCAAACCGACUUCGGUUAUUUAAGUAAAAAACUAUGUUGCAUUACGAUAAAGAACAUAACGCAUAAUACGUGCCGUAUAUUUGAGAAUGUACGAUUAUUAUUUAUUAAGAACAUUUCUAAAUGUAAGUGACUUUGGAAGCUUCGCAACGCAACAAUAGUUUUCUGAGGUUUUUGUUCACUGACACAGAGAAGUGUAAAUGUAACUUUAAAAGACAGUGACUGUCAAUUUUUGUUCUCAAUUAUUUGUUUAUAACAAAAGAAUGAAAAGACAUUUCACAGAGACAUUGUACCAAUAAUAAAUCGAUACAAUAUCAAAUUAGAAGAAUUUAAAUCAAGAAACAGUGUUAUGGCUGAAAAUGUUGUUAACUUCGAAACCUAAACAAAAAUUGGGUAAUUGUUAAAAUUGAAUACUAACGUAAUUGCACUACUAGCAUAAUUGAAAAUCAUGUAAAAAAAUCCAAAUAAAUUAUUAUAGAAUAACGCAUUACUCGUCGUUGUUAAAUAAAUGGAAUUAACAUAUUUUAAGAUAGACGACUGAAGAGAAAAACGUUUAUUCGGAACAGUAUUGUUUCUAGAAAUACAUACUUUUCCAAUGGAAAUAUUUUGCGUACAAUUUACCUUAGUUUAUCAACAAGACUAUGCAUUAAGAAAAUGUUAAGUCUCUUUUAUCUUUAUUUAUAUUAAGUUUCUUUUUCUUCGAGUGUAAUUAAAUUUUGCAAAUUAUCAUUGAGAUACGUAUAAAACUUCUGCUAUAAACGAUUCGAUUGAUAAUUGUAGUAAUAAUAAUUGUCCAAAAUAUUGUUAUUACACCUUGUACAGUAAGAUUCGGAGGAAUUGAUACGGAAGCGUCGCUGUAAAAGACUAACUAACUCUGCUUACAUAAUUCUAAGUAUACGUUGGGUUGCUGUUCUCGUAAAAUUAUCAAAGCAGCUAGAUGUUUAUAAAAAUUAAGAACCGGUAUUCUGAUUUAUUAUCACCCUGCAACUAUCCAUAAAAAAUUAUUAAACUAAAUUUUGCAAAAAUAUGACUAAAUAAAGCUCUUUUUAAAAACACCACAAUUAUAGUUACGCUUUUACUUCUAUUUUUAAUAUUUAUAAUAAUUUAUAUUUAAUAAGUCAGCAUUCUUGUAAACUAAUUUUCAUCGACAAAAGUUGAAUCGAUAUUCUAUAACAACAUAAAGAAGUAUAAAUAAAAUAGGUUCAAAUAAAUCGUUGUAUCGUUUAAUUUUUAUGAUGCAUACAUACAGUAAAAACUGUUUUAGUGAAUAGUUGCAUAGUGUAUAAUAAACGAAACAUUUUUCGUUAGAAUUAUUUAUGGCUACACUUUGCUUUCUGAAACAUGCUGUGUUGGCUAAAAGAUAACCGUUUCCACCAGCUCAGUAGCAUAUGUAAUAACAUGUUCUUAUAUUUGACUUCUACGAUGUUCAAUAUUAUGAUUUAAUCAAAAAAUCGCAUCUCUAUUAUCAAUGAAAAAAAAGGAGAAUAAAGAUAUUUAAUACUAGAACGAUCGUUUACAAUGAAACCGUUUCGAUAAAAUCGAAGAAAAUAUAUUAAUACGUUCUGAACGUGACACGAAGAAUCGAGUGCCAUUGUUUUAUUGCCAACACUUUAAACGAAAAAAAUGAUUCAGCAGGUUCGAUUGUACUUACCGAAACCUGCAUUCGAAUUUUAAGAAAAAUGUAACAUUGAAAUUCAAAGAAUUCCUACGAGCAUAAAGCACAUUACACAAUUGUUGCGAAUAAAAAUCCAACCGACAGGAGCUAAGCUCGUGUAAUUAAAAGUUAGCGAUUUAAGCAUACCGCCUACCGAUUAUGAAUUGACCAAAUUUAUUUUGAUCGCUUGUUAAAUAGAACAACUACAAUAUCGUAGCAUGUAUGCAGAAUGGAAGGCACGACAAUAAGUAUGUUAUAGUAAAGUCCUGUUUCAUUGAAAUAUCGCCUUAAGAACCUUCUGGGCAAGUACUAUACAAUAUUCUUCCACGUAUCAUUAAGGUUCAGCGCAUAUUAGUAAUUAGAUUAUGGAUUUUAUGCAUUUAUAGCAUACAUGAUUGUGCGGGACUCGAUACAGUAAAACGUUCAAUGAAAGCAAUCCUUUCUGUCAAGUUUCAUAGGAGCCUCAAUAGAAUCAAAGAAGCUUCUGUUCGAUUUCUUCCGAUUGAUCCACGAAAAUCUAUAUUUGCAUAAAUAUCGCUAAUUCAUUUCGAAAACAACUGAUUAGCCCAACAUUCAAUUCUCGUAAAUAAAUUUAAGUCGCUCCUUAUCUUUUGUACCGAACCAUCACGAUAUGUAUACGAUAUAUUUAUUUCCCUACAAUUAAAUAAUCAACAAAAUACUAUAUGUCUUAUGUACAUUAACCCAUUAAUACUUAAAAACUGAAAGGAAACAGCUUCUGGUGGGAUUCAAAUGAAUUCGAAACACAUGUAAAUACAUUUAAUUGUAUCAUACGUCGGUAUUUAAUAGCAAUAUCAACGAUAAUGUUCGCUGUAAUAUUUUUCGAGACAUUGGGUGUGUAAUUAUCGCUCUGAGAUGCAUGGAUUGGUGCAAUAGUCGAAAGAGAAAUAUAAAUUAAGAGAAAAGACGCGAAAUUUAUAAAAUAAUAUUAUCGAUGAACAGUUGAUGUAUAUAUACAUAUUAUAUAUGAUUGUGUAUCGGAGCAUCAGUGAGUAUUAAUGAGUUGAUGAACAUGAAAACGGGAGACCCGGUAGAUUUUUAAGGGCAAAGCGGGGAUCGCUUUGCGCGUUAACGUUGGUCGAAUUAUAUAGAUAUAUAUGUAUAUAUAUGUUGCUCAUUGGCCAAAUAGAUUAACUCCACUUUUUGAAUUUUUUAAGAUUUUAUCACUAAAACGCUUCAUUGGCUCUCGACUUUUCAUAUUAAAAAUAAAUUUUCUUAUUAUUAGGUGUGAUACCACGACAUAACAAAAAUUCGAUUGUUUAUGCAGAACUUACAACAAUAAUAAAAAUUACUUCGAAAAUAUACUAUUUUGUAUAUUUUACAUAUUUUUAGAUGAAAGCUAAAUCUGUAGUAAUAAAGUAACAUACAUGCUAUUAUGAUUAUUUAAUUUUCUAUUUAAAAAGAAAUUUUGAAAACCGAUGUAUAGCUGUUACAUCAAUUUUCUCUACUCUUUGUUCUGUGGAAUUAACCGAUUUGCCUAAUGAAUGGCUCAUAUAUAUGUAUAUAAAGGAGAAAGAAAAGAAAGAAACACGCGGCAAAACUAUUAAAAGUAAGUGAAGCUACUAAAUAUAUCCUCUUAUCGUAAGAUUUACCACAUAAACAUAGCGAAUUUAUUGGCUCUAAGGGAUUCGAAAUACAUAUACACGGCAACGAUACAUAUGAAUCAUAUAGGACCAUGUUUUAUGUAUGUACAUAUAUCUAUAAAGAAACAGAGAAAACGGAUACGGACAUUCAAGAAAUAUGCGGCAUUGUAAAUAAUGUAAGUGUUGGAUGGAAUUCAGGCGGAAUGAAGAAAGAGCAAACUAUUAGAGGCAGGCGCUCGAGAUACACACUGUAUAAUGUACUUGUAAUUGUAAUGUUGAACGGGACUACGUUUUAUACGACACGGUGUAACUGUAGUCUCAGGGUGUAACAUAAUGAAGCUGAAAAAAGACAAGAAUUUAAUCACUCGUUAGGCACUUAUCUACACCGUUAAGGUAUUUACCGAAUAAGUGAAUGUGAAAACUUGCUCGUUCUUUAGAUUUCUCACAACGAAGUUUCAGCGUUCGUCGCGUUUUGCGUUUUGUGCUGGGAAGGAUCGUAGGUUUUAUUCCUCCCUCUUGCAAAAGGAUUCGCCAUACUCGCAUUUUUAACGCAUUGACUGGCACAUUGAUCAUUCGUAAACAAUGGAAAACAUGAAUACAUUGGAAUAUGCAAAAUUUGAUAUAUACAUUAAAUAGUUACGGUAUUGAAUUUAUUAUGACAAUUAUCUGGUUAACGCAUUAUGCGAUGAAUUCAACGGUAAGCAUGCACUGUUGAUGUAAUGGUCAAUAUGUUAAUGAUGCAUCGUAAAACGAGACUUUCCAUGUUCGAUGUUCAAGAUUUUUCAUGAUUUUUAAUGAUAAAUUAAUUUAAUUUAAUUUAUCUUAAAUUAAUUUAAGAAAUUGUACGAAUCGAUGGGAAACAUAUUUUAACGUAAACGUUUUUAAUCUGAUACAGGCUUCCUUCUCCUAUGAAGACUGCUUAAUUGUUUAGAUGAACGUUUCGAAUUUGUUUCAAUGGAUACUUUCGUUUUCUUUGUCCGAAGAUUUUAUUUUUUGUAACUAAGUACAACUUUCGAAGAGUUUAUGUUUUAUUACGAUCUAGAAGAGGCUAUGGUACAGGAUGUUACUAUUUUACGUAAAGAAUCUUGCAAAUUUUACGAAUUAAUACAAAAAUUAGGAUUAAAGUGAUCUAAAAUUUGAACAAAGUAUUGUACAAGUUUUAAUUGAUUAUAAAAUAUGCAGACUUCAAAUAUUAUGGAUAAAUGCAUAUCAAUAAUGUAGACUACUAAUUGGUUUCUAUUAUUAUUGCAAUAAACUCUUCAAUGAAUUAUACAAAUUUCUGCUUAGAUCUUUUUUUUACUAAACUCAACUUGUAUCAAUCAUGUACUGUAAUAACAAUGAAAUUGUUAUUCAUUAUAAAAUUGAAGCGGUGUUUAUAAUUCUGCGACAUUAUCAUUUGUUGUAUAUCCAUGUACAAUGUCGGAUGUAGACGCGAAACGAACUCUAACAAUGUUACGUAACGAACGAGUCAUCGCAGUUGCACAACUGAAAUCGUUUGCAUAGGUAUUCGUGUACAUUCGAUCGCUUUGUAUUCCCAGAUCUCGUUUCUUUCGUGCCAUUUGGUUAGACUUUAAUAAAGAUUAAAGUGUAAUCAACAUUUUUCGAGAAAUGAAAUUACACACAGCAAUAAUAGUAAUGUAAUUAUGUCUCUGUCGUUAUUCGAUACACGAUCCUUUAUCUUUUAUAAAUUCGAAUUGUGAAUAACUUGCCUUUGACAUAAUACAACCAUAGAGUAACAGUUAAUAUACAGUUUAAAGAUAUCGAGACUACCUAUAGAAUAUAAUUGCGGUAGAGAACGAGCAUGAUGUACGAUACUAUUAACUUCAGACAAUAAAAUGUUAUUAUCGAUGUUACCUUAUGAACCGUAUUUACUCAAUUCCAAUUCAGUCCUUCAUCUACCGCUUAAUUAUUGUUUCAUCGAUUUUAGGAGAGUUAAAG